GCCAACGAAGCCUAGGCUGCCAUAUAGUGGCUUGGCACCUUCUUCUUGCGCCUUGGUCAAAAGCCCCACGGUCAGCCAAAGGAACCCAAAUCAACCCUGUUCAAGGAUGGCGGCGGCGUUUCGGCGACUGCAAAUCCGUAAAAAUGACCUCACUACUGUCUACCCGUCCUACCGUCCUCAGCCUCGCACAAACACGCACACAUCCUGACACACACACAUCCUGAGAGGAACAUCAGGCGAUUGAUUCCACAUCUUUGUAACCCAACUACCGAACCCUCCUUCGCUAUAAAGCCCUUCCCAUGCGCCCCCCUUCCUGGCCCGACAUUGUCGCUCGAACCACGCCAUCGUCGUCCUCCUACAUCCCCCUCAGAUCCAGCGCUCCUCGCUCCUCCCUCCACCGAACCCCAGCCCACGCCGCAGCAGCAUUCACAAGGCCCAUGCCUACACUAUCCUUCCUAGGCAGCCUCUUCAGCUCCAAAAAAUCUACUCCCAAAAUGACUUUCCCCCUCCAGAAAUCGAACGAUGAGUGGCAAGCCGUGCUCAGCAAAGAACAAUUCCGCAUCCUCCGUCAAAAAGGCACCGAGCCCCCCGGAACCGGCAAAUACGACACCCACGCCCCCGAAACAGGGACCUACACCUGCGCCGGCUGCUCCGCGCCCCUCUACACCGCCUCCCACAAGUUCGUGUCCGGCUGCGGAUGGCCCGCGUAUUUCGACAGCAUCCCCGGCGCGGUAGAGCGGCGCGCGGAUCGGUCGAUGGGCGCGACGAGGACGGAGAUCAUUUGUGCGAAUUGUGGGGGGCAUUUGGGUCAUGUGUUUAAGGGGGAGGGGUAUGAGACGCCGACGGAUGAGAGGCAUUGUGUUAAUAGUGUGAGUUUGAAUUUCUCGGAGAAGGUGGUGGAGAUUGAGGGGAGGAAGUCGACGGAGAGUAAGGUUUAGGGAACAUGGGGAAAAGCG